CAGUUGGUUUACCCGCGAUUUGGUGUUCACUGGUCCUGCGUGAUUCCCGAAGAGUGCUUUGCGCGCCGGAGUGGGAAUCCGUGCGCGAGGUCAGCGUGACACCAAGGACAACACCCCUUCGAGUCCAGCCUUUACUAAAUGGGGGAGCGGACUGCACCAAAGUCUGAGGGAGUCCAAUAGCACUAUUUCUUUUUGCCCAUUGUAAGAUCUGGCACUCAGUGGGACUUGUAUUGAUAGUAAAAUACAUCAGGAGCUGUUAUAGGCAUCGGAAGAAACGAUUGAAACAUGAGCGGUGGAGAAAUCGUCUUCCAAGGUUGGCUAAGGAAGUCGCCGCCAGAGAAAAAACUAAGAAGAUAUGCAUGGAAGAAACGUUGGUUUAUUCUGCGUAGCGGGCGGAUGAGUGGUGACCCGGAUGUCCUGGAGUACUACAAGAAUGACCACUCCAAGAAGCCCAUUCGUAUCAUAGACCUGCACUGUUGCGAACAGGUGGAUGCAGGCCUCACCUUCAAGAGGAAGGAGUUCCAGGACAGCUUUGUGUUCGACAUCAAGACCUCAGACCGGACCUUCUACCUGGUGGCCGAGACAGAGGAAGAGAUGAACAAGUGGGUCCGCUCCAUCUGUCAGCUCUGCGGAUUCAACCAAUCAGAGGAUAACCAUGAUGGCAGGUCAUCCACGGUCCAUAUGCCCCGGUCUCUUGCUGCAGAUGUCACUGGCUCGAUGGCCCCUCUGAUUGGGGAGCGCAAGUCAUCUGCCCCUGUCCACUCCAGCCAGCCAGUCCUCUUCACCUUCGACGUCCCAGUCCGCCACACCCACCAUGGCUCGCUGUCCAACAGCGCCCCCCAGGACUACCUUCUCCUCCACCAGUGCAUGAGCAGGAAGACAGAGGGCUCACGGAGUGCCAGUUUCUCUCAGGCCACGCGCAGCAAUCUGUUUGUGGGCAGUGACUCAGCGGUGCAGAAACUGUCUCAUGGCUUCUCCCACUGUCUCAACGGCAUGGGCGCUCAGCUGCAUGGCUUCUACAGCCUGCCCAAGCCUGGCAAACACCAGCUGCCUGCACGCGCAGAUUCCCCCCAGGAGGCCUGCUACGUCCUGCCGAGGGGCUACAGCUCCGAGGGCCCUCCCCAUGGUGGUCUGGUAGAUCUGGAGCUGGAAAACGAGGAAGUGUACACCUUCAAGACGCCCUGUAACACUCUUGCCGCCACACACAAUAACGAACGGCUGCCUGACAACUACGACCUCCCCACCCCGCCUGGAUCCUUCUACCAGAUCCCCCGGACUUUUGACAAGAACCACAAUGCCCUGACUCCCUCCAGCUCUGAGAGCUCCAGUGCCCCACCACCCCGGCCACCAAAGCCGAGCCAGGGCUCCGAGGGGAGGUGGGGAAGCCCUAACAAUGGAGAGGUGACCACGACAGUGUCUGUCAUUCCAAGGAGAAACACCUUGCCGGCUGUGGAGAACAUCCGACUACACAGAGGCUCCUCCUUUGAGACUAACAACCAUCACCGUCCGAUCUAUUUCAACAACUCAGGGCAGACAGUGGAAUCAGAUGGCCUAAGCUCCUACCUGAGAGCAAAGACCCCUCUAACCCGCUCAGACAGCGGGGACUCUGAGGACAACUAUGUACCCAUGAACCCCGGCUCCUCCCCCCUCAACGCUGCCCAGGCCGACAGCCCUAAGAACAUCUACAUUCCCAUGAGUCCUGGACCUCACCACUUUGACUUCCCAGGGUUCUCUGCAACACUUCCAGCCCGUAAGGGGAGCACUGCCUCCCUGUCUCACCGCCCUGGGCGCCUCAGUGAUGUCACACCACCACCCAUCAAUCGCAAUCUAAAACCCAAUAGGAAAUCAAAGCCUUCACCUCUUGACUUGAGAAACAAUGGAAUCAUUGAUGAACUGCCAUUUAAGAGCCCAAUCACCAUGUCCUGGACCAGACCCAUGCCUGCUAUGAACUCCAUGUCCUCCCAGCACUGUCGACCAAUCUCCACACAGAGCAUCACCAGCACAGACUCAGCAGACAGUGAAGAGAAUUAUGUGGCAAUGCAGAACCCGGCGUCUACCUCUCCAGCUGUGAGUGGUACCAGCAGCCCCGCCCCCAGGAAGUGUGGCAACGUGGACUACCUGGCACUGGACUUCCAGCCCGGCUCCCCGAGUCCACACAGGAAGCCGUCCACGUCGUCCGUGAACUCUGACGAGAAGGUGGACUAUGUGCAGGUGGACAAGGAGAAGACCCAGGCCCUGCAGAACACCAUGCAAGAGUGGACAGAUGUGCGGCAGUCUACUGAGCCCACCAAGGGGGUCAAGUCCUGACGCGGUCUGGGCAACAAGGACCCUCUUCUCGUGACAGGCUGAUUUCACCGUCUCCACUCCGUUUUGGGAAUGAAUGAACACUGAAAGGUGGCAAAUUGGACCUCUGUUGUGUCUUGUAACGGAGGACACUGAGGGGACAUAAAGCCAUAGCCUACAAAGCCUAACCCUUUCCUCUGUGUUCACCUUCAGUGCAUUGCACAGCCAGUGUAUGCAGGACAUUAGGCCUUACCAUGAACCAAUCUGCCAAAGUUCACCUUGGAAAGACUGUUAUUGCAUACUAUGGACAACUGAUACUGAUAUGGUCAGCUGAAAUCAACUUGCCUUCUAAGUCCUGAUAUGUACUGUACGCAGUACAUGUAUUUCACUGAAGUUGUCUGAGCUGAGUUGUUGUUUUGUUUUUGUAGAGGUGUCUUAUGUUUUGUCUCUUUAGCAGGUAAAUUAGCAAAUUGCUGCCAAUCAAGACAGUAUUGCUGUUUAUGACCACACUAGCUACAGCAACUAAUGAGGGAGGCAGUGCAAUACUGUUAUUUUAUCAGGAAUGCAAACAUGCAGCCUUUCAUUGCUAGUCAGACUCUUGCCUUUGACUUCAAGCAAGCUCAUUUGAGCUGAGCCUUGCGAAACUAGUGAAGAGGUUCUCUUUAUUGCAGGUAGUUAUUUCAGCUGUGCAUGUCUGCUGAGAGAGACUAAAUGUAGCCUUAUAAGGUCUUUGUCAGAAACCUUAAUGAUCAUUUCAAAUGACUGUUGCUUUUGCCAGUACAAAUGACAGUGUGUCAUCUAUAUUUACCAAGAACAGUCUCUCAUGUUAACAGGUCUCCUUAAAUACAAGUUAAUGAGAUGUUGGUCCAUCAGUGAAAAAAAAAAAAAAACAUUUGUGAAGAUUAAUCUGAUGUCCCUUUCGUUAGUAUGUGCAUGUAGUAUGCAUCAGAGAAA